UGGGCUCAGCACCUUUCUCUUCAAGGCCUUAGCUCUUGCUUCACUUUGUUCUCUCUCUUACUCGAGCCACCAACCGACUCCGUGCUAACCAUGUCUUUCGCUGGCAAGUACCAGACUGAGACCCAGGAGGGUUACGAUGAGUUCUGCAAGCUCCUCGGCAUCCCUGACGAUAUCAUUGAGAAAGGCCGUGACUACAAGCUUGUGACAGAGGUAACACAGAACGGAGAUGAGUUUGCAUGGACUGUGCACUACCCUGCCAACCACUCUGUCACCAACAAGUUCGUCCUUGGCAAAGAGUCUGACAUGGAGACCAUCGGAGGAAAGAAGUUCAAGGCCACUGUCACCAUGGAGGGGGGCAAACUGACUACACGAUUCCCUAAUUACCACCACACAUCUGAGAUCAGCGGCGGGAAACUGAUUGAGAUUUCCACCGCUACCUCAGCUAAGGGUCCAGUCGUCCUGAAGCGCGUCAGCAAGAAGAUCUAA